AUGGGAGACCCACCAGAUUUUAAUAAAGGUUUAUUAUUCCUUCGUGAAAGGGAAGGAAAGCUCAAUCAAAGAACUCUUGGAUUACCCAACAAUAUAAUUUCCUAUAACCCACUUGAAAACUGUUGCACCUAUAUCCGUGGCUCAAUCGAAGAACUCUUGGAUUGCCCAACAAUAUGCUGUCUGAUCUUUCAUUGUAAGGUUCCUGAUCUCUCCGUGACUCGGAAAGGCAAUUAG